CUCUCCUGGCCCGCUCUUCAGCGGAGACACGAUUCGCCUUUGGGGACGACGCUUGGAGAUGAAUAAUAGCUCUCGGUCUGGUCUGUGGAUUCGAGGCUAGCAGGCCCGUACGGCGCCAUGCCUGAGGACACGGAGCCUGAGGUGCUCGCCGCCCGACCAGACUUAGGAUUCACGGUCCUACACCAAAAGGUCCAGCUCGAGAUAGACUUUGCGUCGAGGCUGAUCAAGGGGAAAUCUGAGCUCACUAUUCAGCCUACCGUUAAAGACCUCCGGACGAUACGACUGGACUGCCGACAACUGAAGACCACCCAGGUCACCGUUGAAGGCAGAACUGCUCCCUCGACCUACAGCGAUCUGUAUCAACGCCUCCACCUUUACAUGACGACGGGGAUAUACCAGCAUCACUUUCCCAAGUUACGGAUCGACGCGCAUAAAAAUGGGAAGGAGAACGAACUCGUGAUCACUCUACCGAAGGGUGUGAACGUUAAGACCUCACAAACGGAUACCCGCGAUGGCCCCGUGGAUACUGGAAUGGUGACACGCAAUAGCGCCUUUGCAGAUGUGGCCUUAGAGAACUCCUCAGCUGAGCCUUCUGGAUUUGAUAACCUGCAGGUGGUAGUUGAGUACUACAUCGAUGAAUUUAGAGACGGGCUAGCAUUUGUUGGAGUUCAGAAUGGGGACGGCAAAUACCCCCAUCUUUUCACUCGGAACUCUCCUUAUUCGGGCAUCGCUUCUUGCUUGUUCCCGUGCUUGGACGACUCCUUGACGAGAUGUACCUGGGACUUCUCCAUUCGCUGCCCUCGCACUCUAGGAGACGCUUUGCGCAAACCUCGUGCCCUUACGAAUGGCCUUGCCAACCAUGAUGAUAUUAGCAAAACCAACGGCACUGGACUGCCUAAUAGAGUUCACAAGGUUGAUAGUGUCAUGGGCUCCGAUGACGAUGACUUUAUGGGCCUUGACGAAGAGGAAAAGUUGCUCGAGAUGGCUGUGAUCUGCUCGGGCGAUAUGACAGAUGAGAUCGUCGACGUACAAAGAUCAAGCUGGAAGACUGUCUCCUUUAACUGCGAGACCCCAGUUUUACCUCAGCACAUUGCUUUCGCAGUAGGACCCUUCGAGCAUGUUGAUCUGUCCGAAUUUCGAGACAGUGACGUGGAUGAGAGGCUGGGAUCUAACGCUUCUAGAAUACAUGCCUUCUGCCUCCCAGGUCGAGCUGAGGAAGUGCUAAACAGCGCUGAGAUGCUUGCACAGGCCGCAGACUUCUUCACUGAGAAGUUCCUGGCUUAUCCCUUCACAAGUUACAAGGUGUGUUUUGUCGACGACUUGGCAACCGAUGUCACGAUUUCAGCUUCGAUGUCAAUCUGCAGCACUCGACUUCUCUACCCGAAGGAGGAACUAGAUCCGAUCAACUAUGUCACGCGCAUGUUGGUGUACGCUCUCGCCAGUCAAUGGAUUGGCGUCUACGUCAUCCCACAGACCGCUAACGAUUGGUGGAUCAUUGUUGGCGGAGCCUGGUUCAUAACUGAUCUAUACUUGAGGGAGCUUUUUGGGAAGAACGAUUACAAAUACCGUCUAAAACUUAUGGCGGACAAGAUCGUGGCAACGGACGUAAAGCGACCUUCUAUUCAGGAUCUCGGACCUUACCUUGCUCUGGACCCCGGUGAAAUGGAAUUCAUGGAACUUAAAGCCCCGUUGGUUCUGUCGAUUCUUCAUCAACGGCUCGUUAAGCAGAGUGGAAAGAACGGUGUUGAUCGCUGCUUUUGGCGGAUGCUUCUGAAUGCCAAGGCCUCCAAUUUACCCAACUCUGCAAUAUCUACCGAAGAGUUUUAUCGCAUAUGCGAGAAAGUUGGUCACCAGCGACUGGACAAGUUCUUCACACAAUGGGUAGAGGGUGGCGGGUGUCCCUCGUUUCACUGCACUGCCAAGUUUAACAAGAAGAAGAUGCUCAUCGAAAUGCAAAUUGACCAAAUUCAAGGCACUUCGUUGGGUAACUUUGGCGACGACCAGCUUGUUUUAAACUCCUCAAACUUCAUGAGAGAGGUCAAGGAAGACAAGCAUCACGUUUACGCAGCAACAACGCAACAUCAUUUCACUGGGCCCAUGACCAUUCGUAUUCACGAGGCCGAUGGAACGCCAUAUGAGCAUAUUGUCGACAUCCAGUCGCGGAAAACCAAAGUGGAUAUUCCAUACAAUACCAAGUACAAGCGCCUAAAGCGAAGUCGCCGGCAGAAAGAGCGAGCUGCAGCUGCACAAGGAAUCGACAUCACUGGAGAUGCGCAGGAUGACGUCCUCCUGUAUUGCCUGGGCGAUGUUCUCCAGAGCGGAGAGGAGGUUCGUGAGUGGAAGCUCUACGAUUGGUCAAAGGACGAGGAAGAUAAAAUGAAUCAAGAGUCUUACGAAUGGUACCGGAUUGAUGCCGAUUUCGAAUGGAUAUGCAAGAGCUCCGUCAACAUGCCUUCGUACAUGUACGUCUCACAGUUGCAGCAGGACAAGGAUAUUGUCGCUCAGCUUGAAUCUAUCCAAUGGCUUUCCUCGAAACCCGGUCAUGAGCUACUGUCGAGCAUUCUGGUGCGGACGUUGAUGGAUGGACGAUAUUUCCACGGUAUCCGCACAAUUGCAGCGGACGCGCUGGCAAAUUGUGCGAGAGCAGAGAUUCAUUGGAUCGGCUUGGAUCAUCUUGAGAAGGCCUUCAAGGUGUUGUUCUGUAGACCUGGGACUAACAUCACACGCCCGAACGACUUCUCCGAUCGUAGCUUAUAUCUCAUCCGAUGUGCGAUCCCGAAAGCAAUUGCGAGGAUACGCGACACUAAUGGGAAAGCGACGAUGCGAGUGAAAACAUUCAUUUCCGACCUUUUGAAGUACAAUGAUAACGGGGACAAUCCGUUCUCCGACAGUCACUAUGUCGCUACUUUGAUGUCGUGUCUGACCCAGACGCUGACAACUGCGACCCAAAGCAGCUGGGUUGACGAUGACGAUGAUAUCGACAACACGGAUGAGAUCGUAUUUCAGCAGACCGCCCUUUCCGAGCUUGGCCGUCUGCAACGCAGCGACGAGUGGAUAUCGUCGUUCCAAAACGUCAUCACAACUACCGCUCUCGAAUGCUCUCUCACGCUGAUGCAGAAUAGAGUCAUUCCGCGCAAACCCUUGGAAUUCAUGAAGUACACCAAGUUAGGGAAUGCCGACAACGUGCGCUUGAAGGCGUGGAAUUGUCUCGUAGAGUUGGGUAUGAUCAAGCAACCGGCGGUCUUGACUUUCAUGAUCUACAGCUUGCAAUCAGACCCAUCCCCUUACUUCAGGGAGCGACUUCUCCGUAUCUUCGGUUACGCACUCGGCCAAAUAGCUUUGGGAGAAUUGAAGGAUGACACGCAGGCUGAUCAGAGCAAUGACAUCCUCCAGAUCGAUCAAGACGAUGGUCCGACUGAACGCCAAGCCGAUCUUGCACGAAAGACGAGUGUAAACGGGGCUCUUGCAGCGUUGAGCAAGGAGAUAUCCGAGGAUAAGACCUUGAAGAAAGCGUUAGAAGAAGCACUUCGAUCUCACACUACAAGCCUCAGAGAUAUGGAGGAGCUUUUGGAGAUCUGCGGCCUUCUGUACGAGCCUGAGGACUCGCUUACCAUCGCCCUGCGAUACCCUCGUUAUUGGAAGACUCAGCAUAGGGGACGGGGCGUGAUGAAGUUCUCUCAGACAGAGAGGAUUCGUAGCAAGCCGAUGCCGAAGCCAGCUUGGGCGAAGUCUACUCCUAAAUCUGCCGGCCCUAGGCCUGCCAUGCCGAAGCGCACCCUGACACUGACAAUGGGGAACAAAGCUGCCAUCGCGGCCCAUGUUCAAGCGCAAGCUGUUGAGACACAGCCACCUCUUCCAAAAAUACAUCUCGUCACCAAUGGCAAUUCUGCACCAGCGGCCGAGCCUCCAGUGACGCCUCAAACCCUCGACGUCCGGCCCCCCAUCCAUCGAUCGGCGUCUUCCUCUCAAACCUUGCCAUCUCAGGCCUCCACUGCCAUCUCACCUCCACCAGCACCGCCAGCGCCGGCUGCUCCUCUAAAGAAGAUCAGGGCCCCUAAGUCCCGUAUCGUCAAGUUCAAGGUACCACAACAGCAGGUGGCGACUAUAAUCUCACAGACACCGCGACCGGCCUCUUCGAAGCUCGCUCGCACCACCGCCGCAGCACCCUCUGCCGCUGCACACUCCAUGCAUGUGCUACCCGGGGCGGUGCAACAUGACCACGCCUAUAUCAAGCGCCAAUCUCCAUCCCUAGCUGCAGCUGCGUCGCUGCUCUCGCCGGCUGCAAGCGGAAAUGGCUCUGGUAGAAAGCGAAGCAGUGAGGACACGGAGAACGAUCAGCGGCCGCUCAAGCGCCAAGCGAGCACGGAGUCUGUAGCGGCUGUUGCGAAAGCGACCUCACGGCCUUCGCUCAAGAUCAAGCUCAAGGUGCACUGGCCUCCAGCUUCAGCGCCUUCAGCACCGCCGGCCCCGUAGUGAAUUUCUACGCGGGAGGUCGGAACAUUUCAACCUAUCGAACGAGAUUUUCUGGCGCAUUAGCCAGCACGGAGCAUUGGUUCUUUGCUCCACUUUUCAUGUACAAUCACAAAAUUUCCCUUUUUUCGUUUCUCUUUUUCUUCUCACCUGUUGUUUUCUUGCUUUACUUUGCGCAACGAAAGACCCGAAUUACUCUACUUCGGGCUUCAAAAGAUCGAAAGACCGAUCAAUUUUCCUGCUUUUAUCCUUUUGCAUGCCUCGAGGUAGGCAUAUUUUUGAAGAGGCAUUCACUCUUGCUGCAUUGAGCGAUGGCGUUGGCUGUUUUUAGUACCCUUGUGGGUCGGGCGGUAAUCAUGGUGCUUUCCGGUGGCGGUCUUCGGGUUGGGAAUCCGGCGUUUCUUGUGCUACACGAUAUCCGAUUGUGAGACCCUCGGGUGGAUUGGGAGGGGCUGAGGUAGUGAGAAGAAUGAGAUUGAUAAUUUAUGAG